UAUAUAUAGGCUAAAAACAGGCAGGCCAAAUCGAGCACACAUUUAAUAUGAUCUUGCAAAUCAGAUAUACUGCAAUUACACUGUGGGCCAGAUUUGGCCCCCGGGCCCUAGUUUGACACAUGUGGUCUAAGCAGUGUGGCCCGGUUUAUAGGGUAACAACAGGAGCUAAAAAACCAAACAAACACAAACCCACAACAACGUUCAACAAUGUUUAAAACAGGCAUUCUACAUUCUGAGCAACCCCUAAGCAUGAGAGCCAGCAGGUUUGCACAGUGCCCUCUAGUGGCAGGGAAGGCAAUGACAGAUAUCAGAGAAAUCUUUAAAGACAAGAAGUCUUGUGACAGUGGACAGACUUGAAACAACUGGAGUUUUAUCAAAGGACUGAAAUAGAAAAGACCAGGUUAGACGUUAGUUUAUUUGUUGACUUUCACAUCUUGUUGAAACGUAAAUGGUUCAGGUUCUUUUUUUUUGAAAGAUUUUUUUUUUUUGCCCAGUAAUAUUUAUUUAGCAAUUUCACACAGAAGACAAAACACUUUGGGCUUUCGCAUCAUUUUCUUUCCUCUAGUUUACAUGGACAAAGAGUCUGCAAGAAUUGAGGCCGCUCACAAAGGAAAGCCUGGAUGGGUCAAACCUCGAUCAGUCAAGCCUUCAUUCAUAGACUUCAUUGUUCUCCUGGGAUGCAUGCUCUUCUACAGACCAACAUGGACUAAGAAGAACCAGCAGAACCAAAACAUUAGGUUCAUCUAUGUACAUUUUAGUGCCUGGCAUUUUGCAGGCAGCGAUAUGCUCUGGGCCGGGAUCGUCAUACGCCUGUUUCAUGCCAUGCAGUUGAACUUUGGGAAGUUACAGCUUGCUCUGUACCGUGUGGCUCAGUACGAUGAAGAGGACGAAGUCAAGGCAAAAGAGGUUGCGGUGAAUGAAACCAACCUCUGGAGGUCCAAAAAGAUUUGCUGCUUCCCUCUCUGGCUUGUCGUCCUGUGUAUUCUUCUGGUACCAGUGGUCAUAUUGAUUUUCAUUUUGACAUUUGGCCUUCCUAAACCUGAGCUAAAACCAGAAGAAGAGGUAACCAAGAAGGGUGUGGGUAUGCUUGAGGGUCUGCUCAUCGCUUCACUCGGAGUCCCUGCAGCGACCUCCCUCAGAUUUACUUUUGGUAUGGCCAAGAAUCUGCUCAGUAGCCAGGACCGCAACAUUACAAAGGGGAUGGACAAUCAGCGAGUUAGCAGUAAACUGGGCUUUAUGAACGAGGUGAGGAAAGAAAUGUGGUUCUUGUCUUCCUUUAUCCAUUUUAUGGAAAUAUUUGAGAAAAGAAGGAUAAGAGUGGUGCUGAAUAUCACAAACCUGGAUCGCUGCAGCCCAAAGAAAAUUGUUGGCGUCCUGGAAGCCAUCGACAUCCUUCUUUCAGAUGAAGAGAGUCCAUUUAUAUCCAUUCUGGCAGUAAAUCCAUAUGUUCUUGUUCAGAAAGUGAACUUUGCAGAUGGUUGCUUCAGCCAAGAAGACAGAGCUUACGCUUUGUUGAACCGUAUUGUUACUCUGGCCUUCACGGUCCCACCACUGUCCACUGAUUCAAAGCAGAGUUUAUUUUGCAACCUCAGUAGUAAUUCAGAGCAUAAUGAAGAUAUGUGUAGUAGACACAUUACAAACAAAACCAUAGACCGUAAAGAGUCCUUGUCCUCGGAUGCAACACAGGUCCUUGUUGAACUGGAAGAGUCGAGCGCACUGAUGUAUAAAACCACGGCAGCAGUGGAUGUUUGUGAUGAUGAAGUAGAGAUGCUGGUGAGGAACAUCCUGACCAGCAGUGACCGAAAGCUGAACAAAUACAUGUCAGAUGACAGCACGUCGAUGAGGCGGGUGAUCAACUCUGUCAGAGUGACAGUGGUCAUCAUGAUGGCUAUAGAAAUGCAGCAUCCUCAACCAGAGUUCAUCGCAGCAUGGGUUGUGUUAGCCAACCAGUGGCCCUGUCGGCUCAGCUGGAUCAUCCAGUGUGCAGAGGACAGUCAGCAAAGAGCAGAAAUCGAUGGCAAGACUGAGGCCAAAUCUGAUGGUUUAAAAACCCUAUGGGAGGUUUUCAGCAAGUCAAGGGCAGAGCUGUAUGUAAUGAAGGAGCAGAUCGAGGACCUUCUGGAGCAAGAUGGAGAUCCUGAGCUAUUUGAAAGGUUCCUCGCUGUAGAUUUCCAGUUCACUGUCAAGGACCUGAAGAUAUUUGAAGUACUGACUGUGAACUUGGACCAUUCCAUAAAGAAGGAACUGGCUCAGAUCAGGGGGGCAUCCAGGCUAAAAGACUCAGGCUGGAUGAGAAAUUUAGCUCCACUUCCAAUUACCACAGUCAUCAAAAUGGAUACAGAGGAUGUGUGUAACGAGUUGGAGAAGAUGGAAUUUCCCACCAAGUAUAUUGAUAAAGUGAAGAGCAAUGACCUUAAUGGCAUGGCACUGGUCUUUGGGAAUUCCGAUGACCUGAAGAAGCUCCUUAACAUGACCUUUGGAGAAUGGGCAACUUUCAGACUGCACUUCCUGACUUCACUUCCAAAUCUCCGACCACAGUACAGGAACACGGCACCUUCAAACCAACAUUUCAAAUUUAAAGAUCAUGUUGGUCACCAUCACUCCUCCAACCCCAGUCUGUUUCACAGUUCAAAGAAGUAAUGAGUCAAGACCUCCUCCUCCUCCAUUUUCAUUUCAACUUAAAUAUACAGUAAUAUAUUAGACAGGGACGUUUUUUUGUCCAUUAAUGACAUCAGCAUGUGUUCUUUUGUUCUAUUGAACAGGUGUCAAACUAGUGUUGGCCCGCUCGUAUAUAGCCUCUGUAUACUGGCAGAAUUUGUAGCAUUAGCGGUUUAUGCGAAUGUUAUAGCACAUACGUUUUUUGUUGUUGAUUUAUACUCAAAAGACACUCAAAAGGCUAGUGAUCGCAAAACUCAAUAAUAAAUAAAUACUGCUUAUGUGUUUUAUUUCAAAUUCAAUUUUUUCUUUUGUUUUCUUUGGUUGUUACAGAUUCAAUGUUUACGCAAAACUAAAGUUUGUUUCCAUAUGAAGAAAAAAAUCUAUAUUACAUCUGAAGAGAAAAUACACAAUUGCCUCAAAUUUUUCAGAAAUAUCGAGUUUGGUCCGCGACUUCGUCCCAGUUUUCAAUGUUGUCCAACU